AUGUCGCUCUCAAAGAAACUCUCUAUCACCGACCUCGACCUCAAGGGUAAGCGCGUCCUCAUCCGCGUCGACUUCAAUGUCCCCAUGUCCGGGAACAAGGUCACCAACCCGGCCCGCAUCGUAGCGGCUCUCCCCACCAUCAAGUAUGCGUUGGAAAAUGGUGCUUCCAAGGUCAUCCUGAUGUCUCACCUCGGUCGCCCGGACGGCAAAGUCGUUGCAAAGUACUCCCUUGCCCCAGUGGCCUUGGAAGUCGAGAAGCAUCUCGGCAAAUUCGUCAUUUUCGUCCACGAGUCCGUCGGUCCCGACGUUGAGAAGGCCGUCAGCGAGGCCCCCGCUGGAUCCGUGAUCCUCCUCGAGAACCUGCGAUUCCAUAUCGAGGAAGAGGGAUCAAGUAAAGACAAGGAAGGAAAAAAAACCAAGGCGGAUCCUGCCAAAGUCGCUGCGUUCCGGGAGGGUUUGACGAAACUCGGUGAUGUCUAUGUAAACGACGCGUUCGGCACUGCCCACCGCGCACAUUCCAGUAUGGUCGGGGUCAAGCUGUCUCAGAGGGCCGCUGGUUUCCUCAUGAAGAAGGAGCUUGACUACUUUGCAAAGGCUCUCGAGAGUCCCGAGCGCCCCUUUCUCGCUAUCCUUGGCGGCGCCAAAGUCUCUGACAAGAUUCAGCUUAUCGAGAACAUGUUGGAUAAGGUCAACUCUCUUAUUAUCUGCGGAGGAAUGGCUUUCACAUUCAAGAAGACGCUCGAGAACGUCUCCAUUGGGCAGUCGUUGUUCGACGCCGCCGGCUCCGAGAAAGUCACCGCACUUGUCGAGAAAGCUAAGAAGAACAACAUCAAGAUCGUAUUCCCUGUAGAUUUCAUUACUGCGGACAAGUUCGACAAGGAUGCCAAAACGGGCACUGCGACUGACGUCGAGGGCAUUCCCGAUGGCUGGAUGGGUCUUGAUGCAGGGCUGAAAAGCCGUGAAUUAUUCCGCGAGACGGUUCUCCAGGCCAAGACGAUCCUCUGGAACGGACCCCCGGGAGUGUUUGAGUUCCCUGCUUUCGCAGAAGGCUCCAAGGCGCUCCUUGAUGCUACCGUAGAAGCAGCGCAGAAGGGUGCUACUGUUAUUGUUGGCGGUGGCGAUACCGCGACGGUUGUUGCUCAGUACGGAGCGGAAGCAAAGCUGAGCCAUGUCAGUACGGGUGGAGGUGCCAGCUUGGAGCUUCUAGAGGGCAAGACUCUUCCUGGUGUUGCGGAGCUGAGCGAGAAGUAA